GGCUGCGGUUCCGCCCAGCCGAGCCCGCCGCGCGCAGCCUUAGCCGCCAUGUCUUCCGGGGCCAGCGUGAGCGCCCUGCAGCGCCUGGUGGAGCAGCUGAAGCUGGAGGCCGGCGUGGAGAGGAUCAAGGUCUCUCAGGCAGCCGCAGAGCUUCAGCAGUACUGCAUUCAGAAUGCGUGCAAGGACGCCCUGCUGCUCGGCGUGCCGGCCGGAAGCAACCCCUUCCGGGAGCCCAGGUCCUGUGCUUUACUGUGAAGACUGGGAAGCAGCAGCUCGCUGAGGAAGCCUGGUGGGCGUGGUGAUGGAUGACUGCUGCCAAGUCCCAAGGAAACAGAUUUCAAGAGCCAAUCAUUUUCUCUGUGGCCUGGUCCGAGGUCAAAAUUCUAUGGAAAUCAAUGUUUUGUUUUGAUUUUAACCUCACUACCAAACUUGCUGGAUGCAUCUCUUUCGCCAUGGAGCCUGUGAUAGAGGAUUGUUUUAUUGACUGAGUAUUUGCAUUUCAGGACAGAAAUGUUGUAUUUCCACAAACCGAGUAUUUGUAAUUUUCCUAACAUUUUUAUACUCUAGUACAAAUUUUUUCAUAAAAACUUAAGUUACUCAAUGAAACAAAGAAUACAAUUGGGGGAAUAAUUGAUAUCCUGAUUUUGUAAAGGAGAGCUUUUCCAUUUCCUAAAGAGCAAAUGGUCUGACCUGGACAGUGCGCUUGGGUGCUGCUCCUCAGCAGACGGAAAGAUUGAUGUAUGGUUAGGCCGCCUGUCCUGUGUGAAGCUGGUUAGAUCUUUCUGUAGUUCCUAUACUUUACAACAAUUGUGAUUGUAGCUUUUAAAAAUGUGCCCAUGCCUUUAAAAAUGUUUAAAUGUGAUCUACAUUUAGAACAUUGCAAUUGGUUAAAAACAAAAUAUGAAGAUAUUAUUACCUAAAAGAAUUCAUGUCACAAAUUUUAUUAGAGUGAUAUGCCUUUGAUUUAAUUGGGGACACUUUUAGAAGGAAAGUUUGUGUUUGUAAUAAUCUUUAAAGAGCUUAAAAAUAAAAUUUUUGCCUAAGUCAUCA